AAGUCAUCACAUGGAUAACAUCACCUCAUAAACUGAAACAAACUCCAACCGAUUUAAACAGCACCAGUCUCCUCUCGCUUUUUGGAUACACAACGUCACAAGCAUUGGUCGCACUCGUGUACCGAUGCCAGGAGAGUACAAACAAAUCACAGAAAUCGCCCACUGAAAGAGGAUAAGAUGCCGCAACAAGGCAAGAACGAGCUACCGGGGAAUGUCCGUCGGACUGUUUUCCAUACCGAUCUACAGACACUGCAGUUGCCCAGGCAGAAACCUCCAGAACAGCAACAGAAGCCGACUUCCAUCCAGGAUCUGUAUCCAAGUCCUCCUCCGCCACCCUAUCAGAAUGUGCCCCAGCAUCAGAAUAUGCAGCAGAUGAUGCAGCAGCCACAUGAUAAGCAGACUCGUAAGAAUACCCCCAAGAUGAUGCAGCAAAAUCAGCAGACGAAGUACCAGAAUCCCCCUAAAAAGGAUCCGUACGAGGGGCCUCCUCUGAAGGCUAAUCAUGAUCAGUUGAACCAGCAGCCACCUCAGGAGUAUCGAGUGUCUGCUUAUCAGAAUUGUACAGAAAAUCCUACGCAUGGGAAUCCUCAGAUAAUGCAGCAGCCUCCACAGCAAUCCAAAAUGAUGCGGCAAUGUCAUUCGACCGAAUACCAGAAUCCCUCAAAGAAGGAUCCGUAUAUAAAGCAGCUACAGCAGGAGUAUCGGGACGAAUGUUUUUGCAUUUCACUUAAGCAGCUGUCGCAUUCGAAUCAUUCACAGAAGCAGCUGUUCUCGAAUGAUCCUCAAGAACAGGUACAGCGAAAUCUGAGCCAGAAUAAAGCUCCUGCUAGAAGAUGCAGUUCCAUGGCCAAAGUCGUUCCAGUGCCACGUACAGAGUGCAACAGCCGCCAGGUGCCGCAUAACCUUUAUGGGAUCCAAAGGCAAGCGUCAAAAUACGAGAAUCAGCUGUCUGGCACGGAGAGCAACUGCAGCUCCACGACAGCGUCUGUUAUCAGUGCGAAGAGCGGGGACGAACUGCGUUCCAUGGUCCGUGAGGAGCUGAAGCUGCAGUUGGCGCUUAGGGGACUUUCCAAUAUGGUUAAGAAGGGGGAGAUAUUGGAUCCGGAACCGUCUACGUGUGACAAAUCGGCCUCUAAUCGGUCCAAGUCCUUCAAGUCGAAGGAGAAAGCAUCCACAAGUGCAUGUGCAGCUCUGGAGACGGGGCCGCAGGUCGAUUACAGUAAUGAUGUAGAUGAAAUAGUGAAAUGCAAGGUCAUCACUCCCAUGAUACGUAAGAUACAGAAAACGUAUCUUAAAAAUCUUCGCGACGAGAUUGAUCUGGUGGAGUAUCUGGAGCGGGUGCCAGCUGCCAUCAGUGAGCUGUGCAAGAACGCUGGUAUUAAGGACCAGAGCAAACUAAAAAAGUGACUCCGGUCCUUUUCUUAUUUAUUCGUUGAGUUUUAAUAUAUUUCUGUAUACAUUUCUUACAAAUAAAACGUUGGUGGCAUCUACAGCCCAAUGUUAACAGA